UUUGCAUUUAUUGGAUGAUUUCCUAACCAUAGAUCCACCAGAUGCUGAUGGUGAGAGGACUAUGGCUAUAAUGAUGAUGAUUUUCAAAAAACUGAACAUUCCUAUAGCAAAACAUAAGACAAUAGGUCCUGUAAAAUGUUUAGAAUAUUUGGGUAUUAUUCUAGAUUCUGAAAAAAUGGAAGCUCGACUACCUCUUAAUAAAGUUGAUCGCAUUUGUGAAUUCAUCAAAAAAUUAUACAGGAAAAAAUCUUGUACAAAAAGGGAAUUGUUGCAGCUUUUGGGUCACUUAAACUUUGCUUCACGUGUCAUUUUACCUGGUAGAUCCUUUGUUUCAUACCUCAUAGGGCUGUCCACUACUGUCAAUGAUUUGCAUCAUUAUGUUAAAUUAGAUAAGGAAUGCCGUGUUGACCUAGAAUUUUGGUUACUUUUUCUGAGCAGCUGGAAUGGUGUGAACAUGUUUUACAGUAGACAAUUUUACUCAAGUUAUGAUAUGGAACUUUUUACUGAUGCCUCAUCAACAAAAGGAUUUGGUGGAUAUUUCAAGGGAGAAUGGUUUUAUUCAUCAUGGCCAUCAAACAUUGCUUAUCCUGACAAAACAUUUUCAAUGGCUUUUCUUGAAUUAUACCCCAUUGUAGUAUCCGCAAUACUGUGGGGCUCACAGUGGACAACAAAACGCAUUCUUUUCUGGUGUGACAAUGAAGCUACAGUGGCUAUAGUAAAAAAGGGCCGUUCAAAGUGUUUACAAAUAAUGAAAUUAAUGAGGAAACUUACAUGGUGUGCUUGUAAAUUCAACUUUCAUUUUAGUGCCAAACAUGUUCCAGGAUAUCAGAAUGAUAUAAGUGAUGCUCUAUCUCGUUUACAGAUAGACAGAUUCCGCAAACUAGCUCCCAGUGCAGCACAACAUCCAAUGAAGUGCCCAAGCAGCUCAGAUGUAAUGUGGUCCUAAAUCAAGCAGUGAAUGAACUUUGGAACAGUGCUAUUGCUAAUACUACAAGAACUGUGUAUGAUACUGGGUUCAGAAAAUUUGAGACUUUUAUGUUAUUGAAUGGUUUUCAAUUUUCUAAUUUACCUCCUAUUUCUGAGGAUAUUUUAAUUUAUUUCAUAGCCCACUGCUUUAAAAUUCUGAGUUUACAAUACUCUACCAUUAAACUAUAUUUAUGUGGAAUUAGGUAUAAAUAUGUACAGGGUAAUCAAAAUGAUCCCUUACAAUCUGCUCAUAAUACACCUUUAAUCAGACUUGAUUAUGUUUUAAAUUCUGUAAAAAGACUGCAAAAACCAAAAAAUCACAUAAGAUUACCAAUAACUUUCGAAAUUUUGGAAAAAAUUGUAAAUUGUUUGAGAAAAGGUUUUUGUUCCAAGUUUACUGAUUUAAUGUUAAGAACUGCAUGCAUUGUCGCAUUUUAUGGAUUUUUGAGAUGUGGCGAGUUUACAGUGUCAAAGGCCUCACAGUUUGAUCCACAUAUUAAUUUAUGUAUUGAAGAUGUUGUAUUUCACUCAGACUUAGUAGUUUUGAAAUUAAAACAAUCAAAAACAGAUCCUUUUAGAAAAGGCAUAAAUAUACAGCUACAUAAAUUAGGUCAGCUUAUCUGCCCUUACACAAUUUUGUUAGAAUAUAUACAAAUAAGGAAAGAAUUUUCUCCUACUAAUCAAACUGAUCCACUUUUCAUAACCAUUGAUAAGAAACCUCUGGAGAGACAAUAUUUCAUCACUUGUAUUAAAAAAGUACUGGAUAUAUGUGGUUUCAACUCAAGUCAUUAUAAUGGUCAUAGUUUUAGAAUUGGGGCAGCUACAAGUGCUGGUAAGGCAAAAAUAGAAGAUCACUUGAUAAAAACAUUAGGGCGCUGGACUUCAGAUAGUUACAUCAGAUACAUUAGGGUAACGCCAGCAUCUAUUAAAACAGCUCAAAGUAGGUUAGGUAGAAUUUAAGGGCAUGCUCAUUUUCAAAUAUUCCAUACGCAUGUUUUUUACAGAGAUUCUGGAUGAUAUUGUUUUUGUUUGACAAUUGAUUUUGAUAUUGUGUAUUAUUAUGCGAUAACAUUUAUUAUUUUUAUUUUUAUUUUUUUUUAUUUUCAUGGCUUUAUUGAAGGUACCCCCUCCCUAACCUCACAAAUCCUUGGGGACACUCAGCUGUUACCAUCUGUGUUAUGGCCAUUUAUGAAAUUUUAUCACUGGUUGUUUCAAAAAUUUCACUCAUCCCCCAAGAAUUUCUGGGGAUAAACUGUCAAAUUUCAUACAAAUUCAUUCCAACACCAAUUCAACAUCAACACUACUAGGCUUCCUCAUAGCCUCCUUAUAGGCUUCCUCAUUGUCUCAUUAUAGGCUUCCUCAUAGCCUCAUAGGCAUGAUAGCCUCUAGGAAUGAUAGCCUCAUAGGCUUCCUGAUAGCCUCAUUGCAUUUAUUUUGAACCAUCGUUCCAAUUGGGUUGGUGUGAUGUCAAGCCAGGGGUCUAUACUUUGCUACUUUUCAGUAUGCACAUAGCUAGGCUCUUGGUUUAGGCAUGGAGCAAAAAAUUAAAUUUUUUAGCUGAGUAGUUUCCCCAAGGGCCAAAUUAUAAUUGUGAUGUAUAUAUAUAAAAUAAAAGUUGUAAUUAAAUUAUGAUUUAUGUUUAAUUCAAACAUGGAUACCAAUGGCAUUGCUACACAGUAUUUCCCAGGAGUUCAUUUACAAGAUAGGUGAUAGCAGGAAAAAUUAGGUUGAUAAUAAUGUGAGCACUAAAUCCUUAAUUUUACAUAUCAUGAGUUCAAACGGUGUGUUCUGAAAGAAAUCAGGGGUAAUUAAAUUAUUUAAAUUACUAUGAAAUUAAUAUGAACUCAUUAUGUGUGACUUUGAGGAUUUUGUUCACUGACACAUUUAUUAGCAAAAUUAAAAUAUAGGGCCGAAAGUUAGAUCAGGAUGGUUUAAUUGUCAGGUCAAAGAAUUUGCAAGAAGAUAUGAGGUUGGAUGUUUUGCUCAGGUGUUAACACACAUUUCCCUAUUACAUAACAGAUUACCACAGAACAGAUACAGUAUAAACAAAAGACAAUUAAAAUAAGAUUAGAACAGCAUCACAUCAAACAGAAAUAAAUUUACCCUAAAAAAUAUUUACAAAGAAUCAGAACACAAUGCAAACAUGGAACAAAUGACAAUUAAACAUAUUCAGGAUCAUUUCUGAGAAUUUUGUAUAAAUAGGUGCUUAUAUGUUAUAUAAGUUAUGUUUAUACAUAAUUUGAUUUUAAUUACUCAGUAGUCAUUAUUUUAGGAUUUUCCCAGGAUGUGUAUUUUCUUUGCUGUUGAGAUGAAACAGAUUUAUUAUCAUAUGUCAAUCAGUUAGAUAUGAAGUUUAUCACAUGUUCUUAGCAGGAGGUCUAAUUUCAUCAGUUCCAAUACAAA